AAGCGCCCCCCUCAGGGCGGCGGGGGCGUGGGGGGGGGGGGCCCAGCCGCAGCGCCCGCGGCGUGCUCCCGCAGGGCCAAUGCAGGCCGCCGCCAGCGGCACCCCCGGCAGCCCUUCGGCGGCGGCGGGGCCCUCGGGCCACCUGCGUAGGAGGCAGGCAGAGGAGCUGGGCGCCGCAGGGUUCCUGGUGAAGAACACCUUCAUCCACGGGGACUCCCCGAGCUCGCUCGCCGACGGGACGGAGUGCACGACGCCCGCGUCCCGCCGCAGCAGCUCCGCGCCCCCUGCCUCGGCGCCGCGGGACAAGCUCCUGAGGGACGAGUGCCCCACGGACGACGAGCGCGAGGGGGACGAGUGCGGGCCCGCGGCAGACUGCGUGUGCGCGCUCGGCUACCCAGGCCCCGACGCGAGCCCGCUGCGCUACGGAGGCGUGGACCAGGCGCCCACGCUCUUCUCGUCCACGCGCGCAGGCUCAGUCAGCUGCCGACGAGAGCGGCGCCAGCGUCUUCAAGGGCUGCACGGCUACCUCGCAAGGACCGUCGUGACGGUGGCCGUGUCUGCGGCCAUGCUGGAAGCCAUGCCGGAGACAUCUGGAUGGCCCCGCCCGUGCACGGUGCACGCGGUGGUGUGCCAGGACUGGUAG